UUUUAGCUGAAUGUGAUGAGAACAGUGAAGAAGAUGGCUUCUGCUGUCAGCAUCGCUGCGUUUCUGCUCUGCUGCUCCUUCGUUUCCUCCACAGGCUCUCAGGAUGAUUGUGUGUACGCUGCAACAGGCUCAAACUUUAUUGUGCCACUUAAAUACAAGUUAAAGGAAUCAGAGAGCCUGAAAUGGUUCAAGGACACAAGCGCAAUCUUUUAUCGCAGACAGAAACAGGUGAUCGAAGGGAAAAAUUAUGAUGUUGGAUCAACUGGAUCACUAAAGCUGACACAACUGACCAAAGACAAGUCAGGACGAUACAGACCAGAGGUUAUCAAUGAAGAUGGAAUAAAUGUGGGGGGAAACUUACUGAGUGUGCAUUUGUGUGUAUUAGACCGUGUGCAGAAGCCCACAGUGACAAUGAAGUGUGAUAAGACUAAAGUCAUUUUUACUUGCAAUGCUACCAAGAGUGAAAAUAAUUUUCAGAUCAAAUGGUUUAUGGAUGAUAAAAAGAUGGCAGAAAAAGAGACUGGCAAGGAGCUGACAAGACCAGUCAAAGACGUGCUAAAUGCUAAUUUCUUUUGCAAUGUUUCUAACCCCGUCAGCUUUGAGAUAAGUCAGCCUGUUCAACAAAUCUGCAUUAAGUCCUCUUUUCCUUUUCCUGAAACGCUAUUUGGAAUUAGCAUCUGGGUUUUUGUGGGUGGUGGAGCAGGUAUUGUUCUGGUGCUGAUCCUAAUUGUCAUUAUCUGUUGCAUCCAGACCAAACGGAAGAGGCGUUUGCGACUAAAGGAUGAGAGGGAGCUUCGCUUGCAGUGGACCAGUCAGGAACAACAACAACAUCAGCAUCAUCACCAUCAUCAUCAACAUCAACAUCCAAAUCAAAAUCAUUCUGAUCAGCAUCAUCACCACCACCAUCAGCAACAGCCGGCAGGCAACACCGGCCCUCGACAAAAUCGCACUAAACAGCCACGCACCCAGCAGCGUCCCAGAGCUCCUGAGCCUGCCAACGGCCAGCCUCAGCCCAGCCCCAGACGGGCUACGCAGGCUUCCGCUCCAGCUGGCAACGGCGGUGAAGAGCAGCCUCCUCCUCUUCCUCAGCCCAGGAAGAAAACUCCAAAAGCACCAAAAGAGUGAAAAAACUUGAGCUUAGUAUGUGGAAAUAAUUUUUAACAAACUUAAAACAAAAGAAGUUUUCGACUUUUUAAAAGCUUGUCUCAAACUAGAAAUCUAUCUGAUAA